GGAAUAGACACCGACCCUGAUUGGCCCGUGCAGAAAACAUUCUUGAACUGUGAAGUAAGCUCGUUUGUAUUUUAGGUUGGCCGGGGCUAAUGAAUUAAAAGCCUUGAACUCUUCUACUCUGUCACUUUUUUUUAAAAGCCUCCGGCAGGAGAGUGAUCCCUGGAGCAUGGCAAGCCAUUAAGUGCUCGGCCUGAGAGAGGAAAGGCAGAAGAAGCCAAGAGGCAAAGCAGAAAGAGAGACGUCCCUGGGGGAAACAAACUGUAUUCGAAUUGCAGGUAGCCCUAUGCCUCUCCGACAGCUGUCCAAGUCUCUCAGGGCCUGUCAGUGUGCUGCUAUGUAGCAGGUGCUCCUUUUGCCUCUAUUCGCUCUUUACUUCAUAAAUCCAAACAGCAGCCAAGGCAGCGGCUGUGACCCGGGAUUAACCAAGGGCACCAAACACCCAACUGAGUGAGCAAUACAACAUCUAGGAAAGCAAAAGACAAGCUCGACGGCACACAUGAUCACCACAGCAAGAAUACCUGCUGAUAAACCUGUACGGAUCUCCUUCAGUCUUAAUGACUCUACAGAUGAAUCAUCUGCAGAGAAUACCUUCCCUCUGGCUUUUCCAGAUCUAGAUCAGCAGCUUCAGCCCCUUCCACCAUGUAAUUCUUCAAAAGAAUCCAAACAAGUGUUUAAACAGCACUGCAAAAUUGCAGAGGAAUAUCAUGAAGUGAAGAAGGAAAUUGCGCUACUGGAGGAGAGAAAAAGAGAACUGAUCGCAAGGCUGGAUCAAGUGGAAAAGGAGAAUGUGGAUGCCGUGCACUUAGCUCAGGAAUUUGAGGACCUUUCUAAAGAGAACCAGAGCCUUAACCUCGCUCAUGCCCGAUGUAAAGAGCAACUGGAGAAACUGAGAAUACAGUAUCAGAAAAUGCAGGGCUCUUCCUAACUGGAGUGUGAUGAUAAAUGAAAUGCUCAGAUGAACGUCCUACAGGCUCAUAUGAACCCAUAGUGGAUCCCAAGGACCCAUGGUCUAAAUUGGGACACUUUUGCUUCUUUGUCCCAUUUCUAGUAACCAGAUCAACGAAUUUGAAGGCAAACAUCUUAUAUGUUGGAGUAGGUAACUAGAAUUUACCCCCUUAAUACCUUUGUCAUAGGUAAAUUUAGGGGGUUAUUUAUCAAAGUCCGAAUUUAUCUCAAUAUUUUCUGAAAACCACUGAAAAAUCUGAUUU